AACCAGUUCCAGUCCUCAUGAUGGGCAUCUGUACCCGUGACCUUAGAGACAGGCGAAAGACUCUAAAGAUCGAGGGAGACACACUUUGCAGAAUCCAUGCAAAUCUUUUAGAAAGGACCACAACUACACAGGAAAGAGAGUGAUGACAGAAUUGAUUAAGGUGUUUGUCUAUGGGACCUUGAGAAAGGGAUUUGCAAAUCAUUACUUCAUGCAGAACAGGAGAAACGGAGUGGCACAUUUUAUAACUACUGGACAUACCAAGGAUGCCUUUCCACUUGUAGUAGGGACUGAUGCAUCCAUUCCUUUUAUGCUUCCAGUAAAAAAUCAGGGAAAGCAAGUCCAUGGUGAGGUAUAUGAAGUGGAUGAGAAUGUUCUGAGUGAACUGGAUGAUCUAGAAAAUCACCCAACAUGGUAUAAGCGUUCAAAAUGUGACAUUAUUACAACCCAAGGAGCAACAGGAAUUCAAGUAGGAGAUAUUGUACCAUGCUUUGCCUACUUUUUAACUGACUUCAAAGAGUCAUUUUUAUCUCAAGAUUUUCUUAGUGAAUACACCUUGGAGUGUAACCAAGCAUACCUUGAAUCUGACAAAAGAUCCUUGCCCUGUGAUGUGAUUAUCCAGUCCCAAAGAAAAAUGACCAGGAAUUAACUUAUCACUGGUUCUGCAUUUAAUGGCUCAUUUAAAGACUUGCAAUUCAAGACUAGUCGAAAGACACGUGUUAGAACAACUCUUCACCAACAGAAAAACAUAGUAUGUCCUCUCUGCUUGUACAAAUGAUACUGGUCUUCAGAUUAAAUCUCUGGAAAAGGAACAACUGCCUCACAGUAUAGAUUUGUCAAGACUAAAGCAAAGUAUUGGAUGUCAACAUUACUUUAAGAGUAAAUUUUAUCAAAGCUUCUUUUACAAGGUACAAAUACAAUACAAUUCUCAUAAAGAAAAUUAAUAUUUUGAACACA